AUGUCAAAUAAUGGAAAAGCCUUUAAUAGACCGAAAUCUUCAAGUACCUCAAAUCUUCAUAGAAAAGUAAUUUCUAUCUACCCUCACUUUAUGGGCAUAUUUCCAGCUCAUGGAACUCUUUAAUUUUAGUAUCAAAAAAAUUGAAAAUCUAUAUAAAAUUUAUAUUUUAGAAUACAAGCUAUCAAAAAAUUAUAGCAAAGAAGUAUAAGAGAUUUAAUUAAAGAUCUAAUUAAAAUCAUUAUUUAUAUAAAAAAUUUGUGUUGGUCAUUAAUUAACGAUAGAUGAGUUAGAAACCUUGGGACGAACGAUUCUGACUGGGAAAACUUGCAGAAUAUGAGACAGAAAAUGAUCCCAACCGUAUUAUAUAAAUAGAAAGAGAAAUCCUCUCACGUGGAAAUGAGUCUCAAAGAAACAUAAGAAUUCCAAGAAUUGACCCUUUUUCUCCAGGACAAAGUCCAGAUAGAACCCCUGUAAAUGGCCGACGUCGAUUGAGUUCUGAAGAAUCUGUUACAUCUUUGCUGCAAUCAAUCGAAAAAGAAUGAGAGAAGCAAGGAAUUCCUCAACCCCAGCGAGAAAUGUUUAGAGUCUGUGUUUUUGGCAUUCCAAGGCACAAAUUAAUCGCUGUAAUAAACAAAGAAAUUGAAGAACUGCAACAAAACAGAGCCCCAGUUCAACUUGCUUUGAGAGCAGUAGCUGCUAGAGAAGAAAGCCUCAGAAGCAUCAAAGAAAUGAAUGAAUAUCUUGAAAGGGCUAAUGAUUGAGAAAAAAUGAAAGAUGUCCAGCUAGAAGCUGCAGAACUGUUGCAUGCCCAUCGAAUGUUAAGUCUAAGCGCUGUUGAAACAAUUGUCAGAUGAAGAGAACAGCUAAUGAAUGAAAUGCUGAUAAAUAAUUCUGAAAAUGCGAAAAAAAUAAAAAUUUUGCCAUUUUUUUGAGAAGGUUGGAACUAUUUGGCAAAAAUGAAAUCAGAUAUGGACUUUUUAUUAUACACAGACUAUGCCAAAAUUUUUCAAUUUAAAGAAUCUCUUGAUCCAAUGCUCAUUAAUCCAAGCAUCCCAGGAAAAAAGAAGUCAAGUAAAGCUAAAGAUAAUUAUUUUGUCGCAGACGGACAAGUAUUGAUACCUAUACCAAGUGUCCUAAUGAAGCGAGUGAAAUGAGCUGAAUCAAUUAUUUUAGAUGAGCCAAAUAUUGAAGAAGAAGUUUUAGCAUCCAAAGAACAAACUAUCAAAGAUCCAGACUUUAAUAAUCUUCCUCAAGCAAUCAUGCUUGAACUCUUUGAAGAAGGAUUUGUCCGUGAGCUUGAAGACGCUGUCAAUAUUGCAAGAAAUAUGGAAAUGAGCAGGCUAAAUGAAAUUGCAAGCAAGAACAUCUGUGAAGAAUUAGCAAAACAAGUAGCCUCUGAAAUGUGUGAAGAGGUCGGUAAGCAGCUCUAUAAUGAAACUGCCCAAGACAUCCUUGAAAAAUACUUUGCAGCAAAAUUAGAAAAAAUGAUCGAUCUUGAAAUAAAUCAAAUGUACUCAGCAAUCGCUAAAGAAGAGCUUAAAAAUGCAAAAGAAGAAGUAAAAAUGGAUAAAAAAUUAAAAAAAGCCAGAAAUGAAGAGAAUAUUGCAUUAUCAAAAUUAAUUUUCCAGGAUUUGCUAGAUGAAGCUCCUGAUGCUUUAAUUGAAGUUGCAUUUGCAGAAUCUAUAGAUGAGCUUAAUAAAAAGAAAAUAGCAGACGAAGAACAAAAAGUUGCGAUGCAAGCCAAAAUUUCUGAAUCCCUUGAAAAACACUUUACCACAAAAUUAGAUAAAAUAAUCAGCGAAGAAGUUUUCAAACAAGUUGAAGCAAUUGCAAAAGAGGAGUUCAAGCUUGCAAAAGAUGAAAGGCAAAAUGCCUCAAAAUCAGAAAAGUUUUUUGAAGAUGAACUAUCAAGACAGCUCGAAGCAAUUGUGAAAGAAGAAUUAAAAAUCGCUAGAGAUGAGAAACUGGGUGUCACGAUGGCAGAAAAGCUUGUAGAUGAUGAAAUCUUAAGACAAAUAGAGGCAAUUGCAAGGGAAGAGGUUAAAAUUGUCAAAGACGAGAAAGAACGAUUUUCAAGGGUAGAUAAACUUAUUGAGGAUGAAAUUAUUGGCCAAGUUCAAGCUAUUGCAAGAGAAGAGCUUAAAUUGGCUAAAGAUGAAAAAGAGCGCUUUGCGAGGGUCGAUAAACUUAUUGAGGAUGAAAUUUUAAGCCAAGUUGGAGCUAUCGCGAGGGAAGAACUUAGGAUUGCCAAAGAGCUAAAACAAAGCAAUGCAAAAAUAGAUAAACUCAUUGAGGAUGAAAUUUCGAAGCAAAUUGAAGCAAUAGCAAAAGAAGAACUUAAAGCUGCUAAAGAUGAAAAGCAACGCUUUGCUAGGGUAGAUAAACUCAUUGAAGAUGAAAUCUUAAGCCAAGUCGGAGUUAUUGCAAGAGAAGAGCUGAAGCUUGCUAAAGAAGAGAAAGAAAGGUUUGCAAAAGUUGACAAACUGAUUGAUGGUGAACACAUAUAAAAAUGGUGUGGCGAGCCAGCCUGCCCUCUUAAUACCUGUAGCCAGACGAGAGUCUGGAACCUUACGGAAGAGAGAGCAACGUGCAGUGAGUAUAUCCGGUCGGGUUUACUUGGUCUGAGAAGCGCUAUGCCAGCCUGGCCGACUGCAGGGCAAGGUUUACCUCGAGAUAGAUCUUGGAGAUUAGAAAUGGCCAGCCCAUCAAGGCUAGGGCGCUCGCUUGGCCAAUCAGACAGUUUCCCAGCAUGAUGCUGGGAGUUUUCCUGAGCUAAAAAAUUUUCAGUCGGGCUGAUAGAUUAACCAGAAAUUCACUUUUUGAAAUGUCAGAAGGGUAAACACGUUGACCUACUGCACGAUAAUCCAGCGUCUUUAUCCCCAGGUUACGAGUGCAAACCCUAUUCCGCAGAUAGAAAAGGAUGCUUUAGGCCGUGGAACCAGAUGGUAAGCAAAAAAUAGGGUCUAUAAUAGCUUAAAUUAAGUAAGAUCUGAUGGUGAACUUUUAAAGCAAAUAGAAACUAUUGCAAGAGAAGAGCUAAAAGCAGCCAAAGAAGAUAAGCAAGACAAUUUACUGACAGAUAAGAUAAUUAAUGAAGAAAUUCUAAGACAAGUCGAUGCUUUGGCAAAAGAAGAGUUUAAGAUUGCAAAGGAGCAAAAACAAAAAGAAAUGGAAGAAAAAAAGGCAAAGGAGGAAACUAAAGGCCCAAAGGAGCAGAAGCCAAAAGAAAUUGAAGAUAAAAAAGCAAAAGCAGCUGAAAAUGCCGCUCUAAGUAAAAUAUUUACACAAGAAAUCUUGGAGAGCUACUUGGAGGCGAUGGAAAAGGAGUAUUCUCAAUGAAUCAAUGAAGAGCUUGGAGAGCGAGAAAGAAAGUUUACAAGGGACAUGACCCGACAGACAAGCAUAAAGGCCAGGGACUUAAUGGAUUUUCAAGUAGCAGAAGCCAUAUCAAGAAAUCUGAUUGAAAUUGCAGUAAAUGAUCUUAAACUAGAUCAACUAAGUGAAUCUGCAUUAAAAGAAGCCAUUGAACUGCGCAAAAAGACAACAAAAGAUGAAGAAGCUUUAAAAAGGCUCCAAGAAAAAGAAAAGUCUGUGAUGAAUGAAAAAAUUUGCAAAAUUAUAUGCGAAGAAUUAAUUGAUGAAAUGGCUAGUACUGAAAAAAUGAAAGUUAUGGCUGAAAAUAUGAUUGCAGCUGUACAAUCAGAAAGGAAAAAAUCAGUGCUGAUGCCAAAACAAAGCCUAACCAAGGUAGAAACAGUUGAAGACCCUGAAGAUUAUGGGAAUGAGAACUUCACACCAGGCAUACACAGCCCUAACGACUAUUCUGUAAAUUCUGAAGAGGAAGAAGAAAAAGAUUUCUCAACAAGCAGCAAUUAUAUAAUUGAAGGCUUAGGUCUAGAUUUCGCAACAAUUGAUAUGUUCAGAGAUCUAAGCGGAAUUGUUUUUCAACCAUUAGGAGUGAAGCGUAACCAAAUCGUUCACGUUCUCAAUGAAUACUAUAGAUUUGUACCAUCACUGAACCGUAUAAUUAUCCCCGAUAUCGAUCAUUUAUUAGAUGAAUUAGUCACUGGAAACGAUUUAAAUUGGUAUUGGGCAAUUAAAAAUGAUAGAAUUUUUGGAAUGGUUGUGUACUCAUUGGACUACGAAAGCUCAAGUACAAAAAACCUGAUCAUUCAUCAUUUUUCGUGCUUAUAUGAAAGAUCCUUUAGGCAGUUAGCUGAGCUCGCUAUGGUAUUUUUAUUCCAAAAAGAAACUUGUGAUGAGGUGAGGUAUCAUUUAUUGACACCUCCUGGAGCUGAACUUCAAAUAGAGUAUAAGAAGAUCUUUUCAGAUCUCAGCUGCCACUGGAGAGCACACAGAUUUGUCCAGGAAUAUAACGCUGAAAUAGUGGUAAUGGGUCGAGAGCGAAAUGAAAAGCCUGCGAAAAGAUAA